AUGUGCACCCGCCUCUUCUUCCUUGCUACAAACCCGGGGAUUACAUCCAUUAACAAACACCUACCAGAUCCCAAAGACCCAGACGGUGACUCUACAAUGACCUCCUCCAUCGACUCCAUCCGCCCCGACGAUAGUGCUAGAACCGGCGCCCGCACUCCGACCGGUAUCGCCCAAGCUUCCUCGGCGGGCGUUGACGUAUCGGAGCUUUCCCCUCCUGGAUCCCAGACAAAGCAAGAAGCUGGCGCCUCUGUUGGUGACAUUGGAACUACGCUGGAACAGCGUGGAGGACAGCCUACAGAGAAGAUGGUUGAGUCGAACAUCGCGGCGUGGAAGAGCAAACGUGCUCAAGAGGACUACCAGCGUGCGACGGAGUAUCUUGUUGAUAAAGAUUUCAAGCUGGAUGAAUUCGGGGACCCAUUUGAUGAACGUGACUUGGCGGAGAAGCUGCCAUGA